GCCGCGCGCAAAAGACACCUCCCCAGGGACAUUCCCGUCAAUUCAGGCAGGUCACGGAGGACGCAAAAUUCCACGCUCCCGAACCAAGCCGGCGAGUCGGAGGCGCCUUCUCUACGCCACCGCCGCCGCGUGGACCAGCCCGAACAAACCAACCUCGAGCUUCUCGCCGUCCCGGGAACGCACGUGCCCCGGGCGUCCACCACGACGCCUCGAUCCGCCCUUGUGCCUUCAUGAGACUCCUCCUUGUCGCGGCGGCCCUGGUGGCCUGCGCCGCCGCGCACGAGCACCACGGCGAAGCUCCCAUUUGCGCCGGCGGCGGUGGUCGCGUGGUCGCGGAGUUCCGUCCCGGGGAGGUGACCCUGGACGGGCACCCCGCCGACUGGGAGGCCGUUGAGGCCUCGGAGUUCGCGUUGCUCCCGGCGCUGGACCCCGACGACGACAAGGCCUACACCGGUGGCAAGGUCGCCGUCAAGGCUGUGCAUGAUGGCGUCAAUGUUUUCUUCAUGCUGCAAGUUGAUGGGGACUAUGCUUACACUAAAGGUGAAAGUAAAAAGUGCCCCUCUGUUGCUCUGAUGUUCCAAGUUGGAGAAAAAGCCACAUAUUACAAUAUGGGAGGGUGCAAGGAUUUGCCUGGUUCAUGUACGAGAAAAAGUUGCAGAGAUCAUGAGGUCGACAUUAUGCACUUUUCAGUUGGAAAUGCUAUUCCUGGACGUCUUUAUGGUGGCAAUCACAUAGAUAAUGCAGCUGGAAACGGAGGUGAUAGAUUUGGCCAUCUUGUUGAUGUCUAUUCAUGGAAUCCCCAUUGCCGCUACCUUGAUGGUAUAGGCCCUAAAGAAAACAAUUCAAAUGCUCAAAAUGAUUGGCAUGGGGCUUGGUGGCACAGUUCCCUGACCUUCCAUUCAGGUUUUGUGGAUGAUGACAGUCCUUAUGGAAAGAAAGAUGACAAAGGCACAUAUUACUUUGAGUUCUCAAGGCCCCUAAGAACAAUGGACCAGUUUCAGCAGGAUGCGCAGUUCACAAUAGGCGAGCCCAGCAGUAUGGCCGUAGCUUUCUGGUACCCAACUGACGGCAAACCAUGGAGCAACUCCCAGCAUUACUCAGCCAGCUGCGACUGGGUGACUCUGGACAUACAGCCUUCAUUGGAAGCCGCUCGAUACCGCCCAGCCCCUAACCGUUCCUGGGAUGCUGCGACCGCCUUCGCCUUGCUCCUUUCAGUGGUGGCCGUUUGCGUGUCUAUCUUUGUGGGCUACUCAGCUUCGAAGAACAAGAGCGGUGUCCAAUUUACACAGCUGGCAGACAUCUAGUUUGGUUGCAGGAAUUAUUUCGAUUGCGUGCCAGCAUUUCAUGACCCACGCCAUCCAUAUGUGAGGCUAAUGGGUUUGUAAGAUCCUUUCACACUUGGACAGAGGGAUUCCCCAGUAUAGUUGCGUCGGGAUAAUCUAGUGUAGGACACAGAAAAUACACAGCCAGUUUCGAUUGUAACGUGCAGCGCACAUUUUCUGUAAAUGAUGUAUUUCAGUUCAUACUGGCAGUCAUUGUUAUUUUCUGCGGGGAAAUAGAGAGAUUUGAUACUCA